AUGGGCAAAUUCAAAGCUCUUCUGCUGGACAUUGAGGGAACGAUCACUUCGAUUUCGUUUGUUAAAGAUGAACUUUUCCCUUACGCGUACAAAAAUGUGGCCAAUUAUUUGGACGACAAUUUCGACAAUCCCGACGUUCAUCGAUGCAUUGCUGAGAUGAUGACUGCUUCAGUGGAGGAGGCGAUGAGCGACGAAAAAGUGAAAGUGAUUCGCUCGGAAAUAAAAGAAGAAACGAUCUCUGAUGUGGUCGAGAAUGUGAGAUAUUGGAUCGAUAUUGACAAGAAAAUCACUUCAAUGAAAACCUUGCAAGGAUUGAUUUGGGAGUAUGCCUACAAAAGUGGAGCCGUUAAGGGACACCUCUAUCCUGAUGUGGUUUCAAAUCUGAGGAAAGUCCACGAAACAAACCGACCAAUUUACAUCUACUCAUCGGGUUCCGUUUAUGCCCAGAAAUUGCUCUUUCAGAAUUCGAUCGAAGGAGAUAUUACUGAAUUGCUAUCCGGCUAUUUCGAUACUCAUAUCGGCCUCAAAGGAGACUCGGAGAGUUACAGGAAAAUCGCUCACCAAAUUCGACAAGCACCAGCUGAUAUCCUCUUCUUGACGGACAUUGAAGCUGAGGCUCGCGCCGCUCACAACGCUGGUUUUGCCGUUCAUUUGGUGGUGAGACCAGGAAAUGGAUUGUUGAGUGAAGAGGCGAGGAAAGUCUUUACUGUGAUUCAAAGUCUUGAUGAGCUUUUGGAAGAC